GUAAACGAUAGCAGACAACAGGAUUCUUAGUGAAAGGGGGUGUUGUUGGACGUUUUCUUGACAUUACUUGACAUUUAUAAGAACUUUCUGAAGUAAUAUUAGGCUACGUGAGACGUUUAUUUUUAUUAACUUUAAUUACGAUAUUUAAAUAGAUGUUUGAUUGCUCUGGUCCAGGGGCGCAUAACUUGCAGCCUUGAGAAUCGAAUUUUCUCUCGGAAACUCCUUAGUCGUUAUCUGAACACUACAACAACGUAGUCUAACUGUACUGUAGCCUACAACAUUUCAUAUCAUACAAAGAAACAAUAGCUUCCACGAUGGAUUGGGCCAAAACUAUUCCGUUCCCCUCUACACUCCCGGAGUCCCCAGGUCAAACGUCUCCCGGGACCGCUUUACUGCUGGGUCUGGUUGAUUGCAGGAAAACACCGGGGCAGAAUGGAACUGAGAGAGGAGAAGAAGAACAUGGAGAUAUGAUUUCAUUAAGUAAGAACCAUGGUGACAUCUCUAAUCGUUGCUCUCUCAGUGAGAGGGGCUUAUCAUCUGGGGAGCCUCAACAUCAUGAUGCUGACAAGAAAGAGAAGAGUCUCUCCAGACCAGAACACCUCAAGAAGCACCAGCAUAGAGGUACAGGGAAGAAACCUCACAACUGCUGCUCUGACUGUGGGAAGAGUUCUGCUAAACAGAAGGAAUUGAUAUUUCACCAGCGGAUUCACACCGGUGUGAAACCGUACCACUGCUCUCAGCGUGGGAAGAGUUUCGCUGCAUCUAAAACCUUAAAAUCUCAUCAGAUAAUUCAUACAGGGGAGAGCCCUUAUCCCUGCUAUGAUUGUGGGAAAUACUUCAAUCAAUUAGGAGCCCAGACUACACACCAAUGCAUACACACUCGAGAGAAAUCUUAUAGCUGUGAUCAAUGUGGGAUGCGCUUCAGGAAAUCAGACCAUCUGACUACACACCAACGCAUACACACGGGAGAGAAGCCUUAUAGCUGUGAUCAGUGUGGGAAGCUCUUCAAUCAAUCAGUACACCUGACUAGACACCAACGAAUACACACAGGAGAGAAGCCUUAUAGCUGUGAUCAGUGUGGAAAGAGUUUUGCUCUAGAUUUCAAUCUGGCAACACACCAGCGAAUACACACUGGAGAGAAACCUUACUCCUGUCUAUGUGGAAAGAGCUUUGCUCAUUCAGCAUCACUGAAAAACCACCACAAAGCACAAACAUGUUUUCUUUAAUCUCCCUCCUCUCCGGCACCGGUUCCAGAUCCCUAAAUAAAGUUUACAUAGAAAACAUCUUGUAAAUAAUCAUCCAACUCCCAUUCUCUAACAGUUACUAAGUCUGAAUACCAUGGUAACAUGUAUAGUAUAAUAUGCAGCUCUGGAUCCAUAUGUAUCAAGUGUGUUGGAGUAGGAGUGCUGAUCUAGGAUCAGGUCCCCUGUCCAUGUAUUCUCAUUUUGAUCUAAAUGGCUUAAUGUCAUCAUGGACAAUGUCAUAGGGAACCGGUUGUGUGUAGAGGGGGAUGUUGAGGUGGGUUGGGGUGUUCAGAGGUGUAUCUUAUUUAAAUAACUCAUAUUAUCCAUUAAAUAAUUGUUUAAUAUAUAAUGUUUCAACAAUACUAGGUGUGUAUUCAGUAGAUCAAUAUAUUAAAUCCAUUAUCUGCUCAACAA